UCACUCUCUCAGUCCAUCCAGCCCCUUAUCCAUAGUGCUGUGAAUGCCGCCAUACGCGACAAUACUCAACUUGACACUGUUAUCUCUGAGCAAGUUAAUGCGAAGGUAGCACCACUUGUUGAUAUAAUACAAACUCAAUCAUCAGAGUUACAGAACUUAAAAACGGAGUUAGGCGAUCUCCGAACGGCUUUAGAGGAACAACAGCAGUAUUCAAGGCGCACUGCGCUUAAGUUCCACAACGUCCCAGUCCCUAGAGGUGAUAUUUCGGCCUUUGAUACCCAUCAGGCAGUCAUCGACAUUGCUCGGAUAAUUGACGUCAACAUCAGCCGCAACGACCUUUCCAGGACCCAUAUCCUUGGAGGAGUCAGGAAUGGAAAAACGACGGUCAUCGCGCGCUUCGUCCGCUACUCAGACCGAUACAAUGUGUUUAAGAAUAAAAAACUGUGCAAAAAUCAAGCUGAUAACAUUUUUAUUACCGAAAGUCUGACAAAACACAGAUCCUCCCUUGUAGGCCGACUCAACAAACUGCGCAAAGACAAACAUAUUUAUUCCAUGUGGACAAUGGACGGUCGCAUUUUUUAUAAAGUAAGCGAAUUUUCUCAAAAAGUUCUAAUCAAGUCCGAGUCGUGUGUGACGGCACUUGAAUCUCAGUAUCGCCCAAAUCCAAACGUCGUUUCUGCAACCCAAUGAUUCCAUCCUGCAGUUUGCUAUGAUUUUUGAAG